AUGUCUGGACACUUUUCGAUGGAACAUAUUGUGCUACAAUUCUCAUUCUCAGCUCCACCUGCCCGCGAUCGACCGCCGCCCUUCGAAGGGCCCUUCCUCCCUCCCUCCGAAUGUCGACAUGCAGGUGGUGGCACAAUCUGCAGGGCCUACGACGCACAGCAGGGAAGAAGCUCUGAGUGCAUUUACAACUCGACAGUGCAGGUGGAGGCACAAACUGCAGGAUCGGAGGAGCACAGAGGAGAGGAAGCUCCAGUGCAUUGGUUCUGA